GCAAGAUGCAACCUCACACCGCCCACCAGUACCCGCUACACAGAACGGAUGGUGUCCGUCUCUCGACCUCUGCUGGCUUUCGCUGCUGCAAGGGCACAAGGGCGUCUUUUUUCCUUCGGGACGGCACGACAUUGCGCUGGCUUCAGCGGUCCGGUUGGGGAGGGCAAGCCGCAGCAUGACUUCAAAGUGUUGAACCGUGACUUGGCGUAUGCGGGAUGGCGGAAGAUUGUGAAGAAGACGGUUCGUGUCGAGGACGAGAAAGACUACGUGUUCGAUGUCGUCCAUCAGGAGGAACCAUCGGUGGCAGUUCUUGUUUGGCACACCCAAACCAAUACUUUGACGCUGAUCAAGGAAUUCGCUCCCGGGCGUGAGGAGGUGGCGCACGGGGUUGUGGCUGGCAUGUACGAGAAGAACAAGCAUGACUCCCCCCUCCAGGCGGCCAAGUAUGAGCUUGAAGAGGAGGCUCAUCUGCUGGGUGGAACAUGGCACACGCUCUGUGAAGAUGAUGAAACCACGGUAAACGCUGACAAAUACAGCUCCAACGAGUUCUACUGUUGGCUGGUCGUCGAUCCUUACGUGACUCCGACUCCGAAGCCCAUGGAUGACGAGGAGUUUAUCGAGAUCAGGAGAGGCGUAUCCAUGCAAGAGUGCAUGAGAAUGGUAGGAAGGGGUGAACUUUCGAUUGUGUCGAGUUUUGUUGUUCUUAUGGGCGCCCGAAAAUUGCGGCAACUAGGUCUGCUGGAGGGCGAUUUCUAGUCUAGUGACCAAUAGUCUAUCAUGCUGUUUGAGAGCGGACGGCGGCUUCGAAGAAGUAGACAGACAGCGCACUCCGGAGUUGUACAUAAACGAGCUCACAAUCCCCCAACGCGGACCGCGCUGGAGACGGAUCUCACAACUUUCACCAGACCGUGGUUCCAUAUGGUGGCGUACUCCACAACUUGUUGCAAAUUUUGAUUGUGAACGGACAAAGUCAGCAGGUUCAACGCAGUUGGGUGUCCGAAGCGUUUGACCUGUUGAGCGGUCAAUUCAUGCUUCUUGCUCCCUACGCAGCGGCCUGAGUGCACCCCUGAAUUCUUGGCAAGAGAAGAAGGGGGUUGCGGGCUGCGCCUUUUGCGCGCGCCCGCCCCCUUCCACGUCUCAUGGGCUGGUUGUUCUCUUGUUGAUGGUAUGAUUUUUCCCGUCUGGGUAGGGCUGUCUGGAGGCUAGGCUCAGCCUCCGUAGGUUGUCAUCCCGACGUUGAUUGCUGUGUAGCGCUACUACUGUAGGAAGGGAAGACGUCUGAAGUAUUUCCUGAAGUUUGAUUUGAGAAAUUUACUCUGGUUUGCAGAGAGUGUUUUUGUUUCAUCCUUCCUUGCCCUUGCGUGCUGUUAGGUUAGCCUCCAUACACUGUUCAUAGGCAUAUGGAUGUUAGUUUUAGUUCCCUCGCAAGUAUUAAGUAUUGUGAUUUGCUCGUCUUGGGGCGAUUCCAAUUUUGGCUACCGCUCUUUGAGAAGCUCGAGCAGCGGCGCCGGAGCCUGCCACACGUGGGUACCGUAAUGGUGGUGGGGGGUUGAACCGAGGGCAAGAGAAAGGAAGAAGGUCGCUCGACACAACCGGAAUGACCACGCAAAUGCAGCCUCAACCCCAUUUUUGACAGAAAUCGCGACACG